AUGCAAAACCUUAGUAGAUUUCGAUAAGAUGCUGACUGUGUCGCGUACACCACCUGCGACGUCCGUUUCAACCACAUCCAAAGACAAUGGCGCAUAUCUGGGCGACGAAGCGAGCUCCGAACUAUGAGCAGUUUGCUCAACGUCCGGUCCCAGAAUGGUUCAAGGAUUCCAAGCUGGGUAUCUUUGUUCAUUGGGGAGCCUAUUCUGUGCCUGCAUUUGCAGAGCUCUCUGGGGCUCUAGGACAUAUUGACGAGGAGAUUCUGCACGAGCGAAAUCCAUAUGCCGAAUGGUACUUCAACACCAUCCGAUUUCCCGAUAACGCAGCGUCAAAGUAUCAUCAAGAGAACUUUGGCGGCGCACCGUACGAUGAUCUACUAGAUCAAUGGUCAGCCAAGCAGUUCAAUGCAGAUGAGAUGAUCAAGUUGUUCGCGAGAGCAGGAGCUAGGUAUGUCGUCCCGGUGUCCAAGCACCAUGACGGUAUCACCUUAUGGGAUGCACCUGAGACGAAAGGUCGUAAUACCGUCAAGAGGGGACCUAAACGGGAUAUCAUUGAAGAAUUUGCGAAAGCCGCCGAGAGUCACCAUAUCAAAUUUGGAGUUUACUACUCGACCGGCAUCGACUGGCACAAGUGGCCGACGGCUCAACCGUGGCAUAAAGGUCAUUACGAUAAACCCGGUCUCGACGCGGUCGAAUACAAUGAAUACGCCUGGAAACAAUGUGCCGAUUUAAUUGAGCGGUACAAGCCUGAUGUUUUAUGGGGGGAUAUAAAUUGGCCAGAAGCGGGCGUGGCGCCGGGUCCGUACAGCGUUGAGGAAUUGCUCAAAAAGCUGUACGGAGCGAAUCCCGAAGCAGUCAUCAAUGAUCGAUACGGGGAUACCCACUGGGACUUUGUGACGGUUGAGUACGGUCUUGGUGAAAAGCCAAAGGAUUCGCAGAUGUGGCAGUCCACUCGAGGAAAAUCUUUGGGGCUGAUGGCAAACUUUCCCCCUGGCCUCCCCUCAGUCGGAUUCUCAUUCGGAUAUAACAAGCUCGAGACGGAAGCUCAAUACAUGUCUGGAGUUCAAGCGAUUCAGCUCCUGGUCGACGUCAGCUCUCAAGGUGGAAACUUGUUACUGAAUGUGGGGCCUGACGAAGCGGGCAACAUCCCAUCUUUGCAGCUCAAAUGCCUCGAUUACAUGGCAAAGUACAUGGAUGUCAACGCAGAUGCCAUUCAUGACUCUGAUCCGGUCGGUGAAAAUAUCGCUAGACCGUCAGGGAAGGAAGAUGCGGAAGAUGGGUUCGUGAGGUGGACCAGGAAGGGUUCUAGACUAUUUGCAUUCGUCCGAGGGGACGAGGGCAUUCUCGAUUUAGAGAAGGGCAAGGUAGAUCUAGAAUCAGCCAAGCUCCUCACUGGAGAACGCCUCAGUCUGAAGGACGGUAAAGUCAUGAUCAAAGAAAUCCCUACGGAUCUGCACCCAAUCUGUAUCGAAUUUGCGUUGUACUAG